AUGGGUGCCCAACACACCAAAGAUCGCGUUGUGUCAACUUCUGGAACAGUUGGACAAGGUGUGUCUUCAGGGCCGUUGUCUGUUCGGGGAACCAAAAACAGGUUUCAACAGCAGCAGCAACAGCAACUGCAAACGAAAAAUAGUUUUAAAGAUGGAAAGCAGUCUGGGUCGAAUAUAUUCACUGAACACAACGAAGCACUUCUACAGAGCAGACCUUUGCCACACAUACCUAGCAUUCCCGAUGGAUCUCCUCCAAGCGUCACAGGUUCUCCAUUGGAUUCCGCUGCCAGAUGGACAUCAAAAGAAAAUCUUUUGUGUCAAGAAGAAGAUGAUCCGCAACUUUUUGUAGCAUUAUAUGAUUUUACUGCAGGUGGAGAAAAUCAAUUAAGCUUGAAAAAAGGAGAACAAAUAAGAAUAUUAAGUUAUAAUAAAAGUGGAGAAUGGUGUGAAGCACAUUCCAGCCCUGGACAAGUUGGUUGGGUGCCCAGCAAUUAUGUUACUCCUGUUAAUUCAUUAGAAAAACAUUCAUGGUAUCACGGACCAAUUUCGCGUAAUGCCGCAGAAUAUCUUCUGAGUUCUGGCAUUAAUGGAAGUUUUCUGGUACGAGAAUCAGAAUCUAGUCCUGGGCAACGAUCUAUAUCUCUUCGCUAUGAAGGUCGCGUUUAUCAUUAUCGCAUAAAUGAAGAUAGUGAGGGAAAGGUCUACGUCACAACCGAAAGUAAAUUUAACACAUUGGCUGAAUUAGUUCACCAUCAUUCCUUGCAUUCUGACGGAUUAAUAACACAAUUGUUAUACCCCGCUCCGAAACACAAUAAGCCAACUGUCUUCGCACUGAGUCCAGAGCCCGAUGAAUGGGAAAUAAACAGAACCGAUAUAGUCAUGCGACAUAAAUUGGGAGGUGGUCAAUACGGUGAUGUUUACGAAGCCGUUUGGAUGAGGUAUAACAUGACGGUUGCCGUUAAAACUCUUAAGGAAGAUACAAUGGCGUUGAAAGAUUUUCUCGCGGAAGCAGCCAUCAUGAAAGAAAUGAAGCAUCCGAAUUUAGUUCAACUUUUAGGUGUUUGCACUCGGGAACCUCCAUUUUACAUAAUCACCGAAUUUAUGAGUAAAGGAAAUUUACUCGAUUAUCUUCGAACGGGUAGUAAAGAACACAUUAAUGCUGUUGCUUUAAUGUACAUGGCGACGCAAAUAGCAAGUGCUAUGAGUUAUCUCGAAAGCCACAGUUUCAUUCACCGAGAUCUCGCUGCAAGAAAUUGUCUCGUUGCUGAAAAUCAUUUGGUAAAAGUGGCCGAUUUUGGAUUGGCGAGGCUCAUGAGAGAUGAUACUUACACCGCUCACGCCGGAGCAAAAUUUCCGAUAAAAUGGACGGCACCUGAAGGUCUCGCUUACAAUAUUUUUUCGACAAAGUCGGACGUUUGGGCUUUUGGAAUAUUGCUUUGGGAAAUUGCGACCUACGGUAUGUCUCCGUAUCCAGGCGUUGAUUUAACGGACGUUUAUCACAUGCUUGAGAAAGGAUACAGAAUGGAAAUCCCUCCCGGAUGCCCGCCUAAAAUUUACGAGCUGAUGCGUCAAUGUUGGCAAUGGAAACCCAUCGAAAGACCGACAUUUAGAGAAAUACAUCACUCUUUGGAAAACAUGUUUCAAGAAUCAAGCAUCACAGAGGAAGUGGAAAAACAACUUCAAGGAACGGUGACUCCCCAAAUGCCUUGUAAAAAAUCAUCUCACAACUCCUCGGUCGGAGUGAAAAGCGUUAAUUUAGGAAGCACCGGAAAUUUGCACGGAUUAGUUCAAACGUCAGAUCCUCUUCCCAAAGAACAAGUUAAUAAACUUAGUACUUUUACUACUCCAACUCUUCCCGUAACUGCCAACAAAUCAAUGGUUCAAAUGAGACGUACUACGAACAAGAGAGGAAAACAAGCUCCGGCUCCACCAAAGAGAACCAGUUUAUUAUCUUCGUGUAGUUCCUUUAGAGAUUCGACAUUCGCCGAUCAGGAUUCCGGGGAAAAUCCAUCCGAUGAACAUUCGCAAGAGUGCAACGGCAAUAGCAAAGAGUUUCCAAAUUUAGGAUCGAUAAACAAAGGAGAUAGCGAAAGUGAUUUACAAGACCAAACACCGGAUACGGAUGAUUCGGGUGCUCAUUCCUAUCCGGAGCAGCCAACUCAACCUCCAAUGGAUUUGUCGCACGGUUCUUUUAAAAGAGCUCCGAUAAUGGGAAACAGAGGUUUGGAACAAAUAGGGAAAAAAACUAAAACGUAUCCGCCGAAAGAAUCCGGGGGGGAAAAGCCCGUGCAAAUAGCUGCUUUGGAAGUUCAAAACGUAAAACGUGCCAUUAACAGAUACGGAACUUUACCGAAGGGAGCAAGAAUAGGAGCCUACCUUGAAUCUCUUCGUCAAAGCGGUUUAAGCACCGAUUGUUGCGAAAGCGAAAUAAAAGAAGUUGUUCCUCUCGAAGAAACUCCGACGGCUUCCUCGGUUACAGAAGUGCCACAGAAAUUUUCAAACGUUCAGUCGAAUAUGACUCGAAGUAAUUCUUCGGGUGGCGUAGUCGGUAUAAAUCCAUCAUCAUCAUCAUCACCUAACAAAGUCAGCAGAUCACGCGGAGGCGUGACGCGUAAUAACAGCACGGAUUCGGCUGGUAAUUUGAGAACAUUUCGACCGAAUCCCAAACAUUCGUCAAAUUGUUUAAAAACAAACAGUCCGUCUAGGGGAAAUCCUCCCAACUUGGCGGAAAUGGAUUUUCCUCCGCCUCCUAACGAUUUGCCACCUCCUCCCUCCGAAGACUCGCCGUCUUCUCCGCCGCCUUCUUCGAAUAAACGACCUCCCACGUCGUCGUCCUCUUCCUCACCCAAAGCUAGUAAAAAUUCAACGAUCACCGAGGUUGAAUCAAAUGCUCAGAACGAAACCAAUUCAGAUUUUCAUCGAUCCUCGGAUUCGUCAACUCCAAGGUUUGGCAUCAGCCUUCGCCGAUUAGAAAAUUCAAUUGAUUCUUUAGGAAAUUUUAAAUCAUCGGAUUCUGCCGUUAAUAACGAUAAUAAUUUAGGAAAUUCGGAUAAACCUCCUGAGGACGACAAAGAAUUAACGUCGAAUAAAAUUAAAAAUUCCGCUAUAAAAAAAAUCAAAGUUCGAACCGCCAAGAAUAAAGAUUCACCGACUGAUAUUCAAAAAUCUCCUUCCGAUUCCAAGGCUCAAACGAGAAAGUUUCCGAGUAAGGAAGACAACGGUGAAGUCAUGUUAAAAACUCAGUUAAAGAAAAUUGAUCCGACUGUGGUUAAAAAAACUGAUAAUGGAACGAUUGUGGAUUUUAAGUCUCGAUUGAGAAAAGUUGAAGUGGAAAAAAAGAGUAGUGGUGAGUGCAACGAAGAUGAAAACGAAGUCGCGAGUGCGGACGAGGAAAACAAAAGGAAAAGCACGGGAUCCAUAAACAGUUUGAAAAAACUGUGGGAAAACAAGGACGGAGUCGAAAGCGUUUCUCAAAUCAGUCCCAAGCUCAGCAAUAAAUUGUCCAAAUCCGACGACAAAGACUCGAGUCCUCACGACAAAAAAAUAUGGCCGCCGCCGCUGCUGCCGAGUUUAACGUCCGCGGAUGAAAAACCCUCAGUGCCCGCGAAACCCAUCGUCAAAUCAUCCAAACCAGUCGUGCCGCCGCCGGCGAAACCGAGCGCGCCCUCGAACAUUUACGCGACUCCGAGUCGGUCCGACGGGAAAAAUGUCGAAUCUCCGGAAAAGAACAAAGAAUCCGUUUUGGAAAUAUCUCAGGCGUUGGAAAACGCGUUGGGAUUGUUGAAAUCAAGCGGAGCGACGACGACCGCGGGAUGGCUUCAACUAUCCGACAAAAUAAGACUGCUCCACGGCAAAUGCCAAGGUUACGUCGAUUCCCUGAGUCCUCCCCAAGUGAAAUUUAAAUACCGGGAAUUGCUCUCCCGAUUGGAUUCCCUUGCCCGUCAACUCCGGUCGGCGGGAACGAGGAACUCGGAGGAAAACAUACUUUUGUGUAACGAAGUUCAAAACACAAUCAAAGAUGUUCUUAAUUCGAUAUCGAGGUAG